AUGCCUGGCGGUGGGAAUUUCUCACCACAUUGUCACACUUAUGUUAAUAUGAACCCAUCAUCUUCAUCCUCAUUAUCCUCUCCACCAUUGUAUAAGUCCAGCUCUAGGCCACAGUCUUCCACAAAUCGUGAAACUCCGUCCAUUAUACCUUUGGAUUAUAACUAUCAAAUAAUGGCUCCCUCUGCGUUAAGGCCACAAACUUCCAGAUAUAAUUUGGUCUCACGUUCUUCCACCCGUCAAAGCAAUAACUCAGAAGUAGAUAUGGAUAUGGAUGAAGAUCUUCCCUAUAGCAGUUUAUUCGGUGAUCCAGUACCGCCUCCACCACCGGAUGGUUUUUUAACCUCUGCCUUCCAGCCCUCACAUUACUUACGUUCUACUUCGGUAGAUCUUACGUCCGAAGAAGAGCAAACUUUAGGGCAAACAAUGACAUUGAGCAGCUCUGCCCUGCCUCAGCGUUUAUUUCCUCAAGUGCCCUACACUACUCUUAUGGGUAGAAGAUUUUCUAAUACUUCUUCGCAACGAAACUUUGAAAUAAUGCCCUCGAAUAUACCCCGACUCAAACCACCUGAUAUACAAAUUCUGGCCAACUCAAGUGGAGGAUCCUCAUCGGAUCCUCAAAAUUCACCCAACUAUUUAUUACUCACACCCCAGGAUAUUACUAAAAAACCAACUGUUUAUGAUAAUAGUGAGGAACCAGCGGAUGUAUCAGAACUAAAAGAAACCUACACAAUAAGUGAUGCACAUUCCAUUAGGGAAUUUAUGCAGAGUACUACUAGGAAGUCCAGCACUCCAGAGGAUACCCUGGAUUUACAAGCAUUAAGUCCUUCGCAAAUUUUAGAAAGUCCAUUUCCACGACAAUUCUCCAAUGAAUCAUACUCAAGUGGUGAAUGGUUUCGUUCGGGUAAUCUUGACUAUCCGGAAUUCAAUAAAAUGCCCAAACUAAGACCCAGCUCGAAAAAUGUUAUGUCUAUUAAGCGAGAUGAAAUGCCCAUGAACUCACCAGUAGCCGCCAUGAUAAAUGAUUCCAAUGGUUCAAGUAGUGGCGAGGAACGUCUGCUAGAAGCUACACAAACUUUAGGCAAACCCUCGGUAUGUUUGGAAUCUUUGAAAGCGCCCGAAAGACCUCCCAGUCCUUCUCCCUCAUGUUUGAGAUCUUUAGAUGAAAAUAUCGUGUUGACACCUAGAGAGUAUAUAAAACAAAGGCGAAAAAGUAUAUAUCCCACACAAUUGGUGGAACAAGAACCUGCAGAUGAAGAAGAAUACCCUCCACCCAUACCGCCGAAACCUCACCUAAUAGAUGAAAAUGAUUUAGUCAAAACACAAGCUCAAACUCCGCUAAAAAGAGAAGUAUCACCUGUGAUAUUAAAAGACUCAAUAACUACAGGAGGGGAUUAUAGAGUGGAUCAACCUAGACUUCAUAAGAAAACCUCAUUUACCAUAAUAAGUAAUAAAUCUCCUCAAUCUUCACAACCACAAAGUCCCCGAUAUCUCCGGACACGCGAACACACCUCAGCAUCUUUGAUACCCACAAAACAAAUAUCCCUACCCAAACAUCAAUUGCAACGAAAGUCUUUAUCGUCCACACAGCUAAAACUGCCUCAUUUAAUGCCUCCCUCUUCGACACCUCUAGCAGCUGAUGAUUCUCCACGUCCAUCAGUGCAAUUCGAUAUGACAGGACGUCAUAGUCCCAGCAAACUGCCACCACAGAAAGGUAUACUCCAGCACAAAGAGUCGUUGACUUCCUCUCAGGAUACACUGCCAACUCAGCAUAUGAGAAGACGUUCUUCAAUACUGCCGCCUAUGGCUAAAACACCAACAAGACCUCAAAUGAAAAGUUGUGAAGCUUUGCCUCUGAUAACAGAUCCUUAUCGUACUUCUAUUCCUCGGCUUAAUCGUUCGGCAUUAGAAUUGGGUCCCGAAAGUGCUGUUUUUCCACCGGGAGCCUUACCCAGACCCCUUAAACCUAAUCCAAAUCCAACACGUAAACAAAAGGGGUUGCUUAAGGUAUUAAAUCAUGAGGAUACUCUCUCACGCAUUCCACUUAAAUCUAACUGGUCUAGCAUGGACGACUUAUGGUUGGAACGUAAAAGAAAAUCCAUACUCUCACCUAUGCAUGAUAAAACUAGUAGAAGAAGAUCUAGUUCAACAUCGCCAUCCCGCCGUAGUUCUACACAAACAACUUCCGAUCGAAGAAGUUCUAAUCUAAGUACCGUAACAACUUCCGAUUUUAGUUUUCGUCGCCCUUCCAUAGCUACUAAACCCAAAACACCUCAAACCCAAAGAAAGUCUGUCUUCCAGUUACCUAGUCCUGCCACAAGACGAAAAUCUUCGUCAACUUCUAGUAUAGGAACCACACAAAGUCGUCCAUCAAGAACAAAAAUUGCCAAGCCUACCACAUUGUCACCUAUAAUUGGUACACCCAAUAAAGACAGCAGCUCGGCGCAAAGUCCUUUACAUACUGUUAGACCUCCUGCUCCCUCAUCUGAUAGUGUUUCGGAUACCAACUCAAGAAGGGAUUCUAUAUCGAAAAUACCCAUUAGAAGUCAAGCAAAUUCUCGAUCGAAUUCCCGUAUGAGUUCACAUGGAGAAUCCAGAACAGCCUCCAGAACAGGGUCACCCAAUAAAGAGUAUACGGCCACUGGGGGUCGACCAAGAACUGUAUCUAACAUGAAAGAUUAUCAGGAAUUAGGAGGACGUUCAUCGCAAAUAGGUUCCAGUUCGGGAGUACAUUCAAGAACAAGCUCUCCUAUGAAAGACUUUCAAGACACUGGAGGCCGUCUCUCACAAACGACCGUACGUCCUGGAGAAUAUUCCAGAAAUACAUCGCCUCUUAAAGAAUAUCAAGAACUUGGGGGACGUCUAUCCCAAAUGGCAACAAGUAGUGGUGGCAUUUAUUCAAGAACUACAUCUCCUAUGAAAGAAUACCAAGAAACAGAAGGACGUACCUCACAAAUUCGUUCAAGAACUGGAUCCCCUAUAAAAGACUAUCCUGAAGUGGGCAGGCGUUCACGAGCUGGUUCAAUCAUGAAAAACUAUCAAGACAGAGAAGGAGGACGUACUUCACAAAUUGCCACCAGUCGUUCAGGUUCAAGAGCUUCGCAAUAUGUAACAUCCCAACCGGGUUCUCGAGCACAAUCAAGAGCCACAUCUAGAAACGCUUCUAGAUCGACAUCAAGAGCCUCAACUAGACCUAUAUCAUUGCCGGGAUCAAGGCCCACUUCACGUAUGGAACAAGCCAAGGAUAUAGCAAAUUCUAGAUCAAAUUCUCGUCUUAGUAUGCAUUCCUCCAAGAGAGGUGGUAGCAUUUCUCCUAUAGUGGGACGGAAAACACCUCCAAAACCAGUGUCAGCAAGAAGAAAAUCUGUAUCUCUUAGUCCUAAAAUCAAAAAGAAGGGAUUAUCUCGAAGAGGAUCUAUAAGUCCAGCGGGAAUGAAAGCAAAAGGUUGCCGCAGUCGUAGUCGCAGUAAGGCGCGAUCCAGUCCCGAUCGAGUUUCUAGAUCACGCAUACCAGUUAGUCAUGAAAACGGUAGAAGUUCUACGAAAUCACCGCCCAGUAAAAAGAAACCCAAUAUCACCACAGAUCUACGCAGAACAUCUUCGCUUAAAGCAAAAGCAAAAACACCAACAAAACAACCAGCAAGUGCCAAAAAAAUACCAACAUCAGUUCGAAAACCCGAAACCAGUGUUAAAAGAACGCCCUCAUCGGUAGCAAAACAAGGAGCUAUGACAAAGAAGCCAACCGGCAGCAUACAAAAACCUGCUGCUGUCAAAAGAGAACCUUCUAAUGUCUCUAUAAAGCCAGCAAUCAGUGGAAAACCAGCAACAAGAGAACCAACUAGUCUUAGUAUUAAAAAGAAAGCUAACGCCGCGAAAACCCCAACAUUAGGCAAAAAGAAUGGUAAAGAUACACCGGCAGAUAAAAAGGGUCUUAAUAAAGGAGCAAAAGAGGCUGGUGCCAAAGUGGAGAGUAGCAAGGCGGCCGAUAUUGCGGAAGCCAAACAACAGAAAAAUGAUGAAACUGCAGGGGUAAGCAAAAUGACUGAGGAACAAGCACAAAACUCUGCGGCAACCAAUGUGGCAGUACCCAUGUUAACGACACUGAAGAAGCAACCCUCUUCAGUUGCUAUAAUGCGUGUAAGUUCCAAAAUUAGCUUGCUUAAGAAAAGAACCGAUAGCACUAUUAGUAAAAAGACUUUAGACUUAUUAAUACCCGAAGUAGAGACCAAGGAGGUGGAAGUUUCAGCACCCUCACCUACCCAACAAUUAGCGGAAAUGGCUUUAGCGGAAGGUGGCUCUAUACCCGCGGCUAUAUUGGAAAAGUCACAAAAAACUUUGGAGAAUAUACAAAAAACGGUAACAGAAGCCACGGAAGAAAUACAAAAAACCAUCAAUGAGAAUCUUACAGAUCUCAAAAGUUUGGAACAGGAUAUGGGUCUCACCUCGGAUAGUGCAGGUUCUCCUACACCUAGUGUAACGACAGUAGUAGAAAAAAGAUCAGGCUCCAAAAAGGAAAAAGGUGAAUCAGUAUCACGUCUGGGUACAGCAGAGGGUCAAGAGGGUAAAAUGUCCUCCAAAAGUCCUCUACCACCAACACAACCUAUUGAAGCAGCGGUUUCAGUAUUAAAUCCAGAUGAGACUCAUGCAACAGCUGCAUCGGCUAUGAGUAAUGGUUCAUCACAAUUGGAUGCUGGUAAUGUGGGUAAAGGAACAGCGUUAACUACUGCAGGUGGUACAACUGAAAGGGUUAGUGAACGUGCUAUAUCAGUAUUGCCUGAAGUUGACUGUGAAAGUGCAAAUUUGCAGAGUUAUCAAGGCGAGACUGCAGGCGGUGAAGUUGAUGACAAAGUACAAUCUGCUAUGGAAUCUGAUGCUUUGGAUAGAGCUGAUGGUGGUCCUGCUGAAGACUAUGAAACAGAAGCAAAACGUAGAUCACCAGAUGGACAGGGUGGUUCACAAGUGGGCAGUGGCAAAGGAUCCGGCAGUCAGGAGUAUUUGGAAAACAAAUCGCUCUCCGACGAAGAAGAGGGGACCACGCCCAAAGGCUGCUGUCGUUGUUGUGCUAAAUUCUGUAUGCCAUGUCGUCGUUUGCGCUGUUCACGCUGUUGUCAACGCAAAAAAUCCUCAAACAAAGAUGAGGCUGAACAGCCAGUACUCUCAGCUACCAGUAGUGCCACCACCACACAUCUCGAAAUAGUCGAUGAAAAGGAAAAGACAAAAACUUCUUGUUGGCAAAAAUUAAAUUGUUGUAGAAAUUGUAAGAAAAAGCCAAAAGAUUCAAUGGACUCAUCGUUGUCACUUAAGAAAGAAGAACGUUUUAAGGAAACUUCCUUUAGACCCAUGGGACCACCAAAACAAAGUAAAUGUGGUUUGUGUUUAAGUAAGAUAUUCUGUUGUCGUUCGGUUAAUAAAAUCGAUCCGAAGACGGGCGAUGAAACGGAGGUAAAGAAAUGUUGCUUUUGUAUACCUUGUCGCAAAAAGCGUGGUCCAGUUCAAGGUUCAGCCGUUAGUUCGGUGGCAGGAGGUUCCACAGCUGCUUGGGAAGAUCCUGAAAGAGGUAUUACGGCCACGGAUGGGUCUAUUGUGGAGGGUCAAGAUGUGGCAGUUAAAGAGGGCUGUUGUAAACGUUUCUGUAACUUUUUACUGUGCUGUCGCAAAAAGAAGGUGGUUGUUUCAGAUAGUCGUAGGCCCAGUAUUAGAGCACCACCACCAGAGGACAAUCGUCGUAAACUACAUGCAGAUCUAAUUGAAUACAAUUCCAAAAUGAAAGGAGCCAUACCGGUUCUACCCCUAUGGUUGGCUUGGUUUUGUGCUAUAUGCAAUAUUUUAAUACCAGGUCUAGGUACUUUUCUAUCGGGUCUUUUUUGCCUAUGUGUGGGUAUACCACGUUUCUCACAAUACGACAGUGCUAAAGCUCGUUUGGGUUCAUUUGUUAUAAAUACUAUUGUGGCUAUAGCUCAAUUGUUCUGUGUACUAUUUUGUUUUGUGGGCUGGGGUUGGUCCAUAUGGUGGGGCACCAUUAUGCUUAAAUGUGCAAAAAAACUAAGUAAAAUACGUAAAGUGGAACGUUUAGAAAUGGAGGAAGAGAAACGUCAAGCUGCGGCUGCUGAGGCGGCAGCUGCUGCUGCUGCUGCUAUUAAGGCAGCCGGUCCACAGGCUAUACAUGAUACAGAACCGGCAAAAACUUAAGUAAUGUAUCAAAAAUUAACUUCCAUUUUAAGAAGUGAUUUCAAAAGUGCUAGAACAAAACGUAAUGUAAAAUUUCAAAGGUAAAAAAUGCAAAAAAACAAAACUUCCAACAGAAAUUCAUUAUUUAAAUGAGAAAUAUGUCUACCAAAUUGAAAAAAAAUCUACAAAUAAAACAACUUCCAAACUAGAUAAACUAAUUAUAUUAAUGAGAAUAAAUUGUAUAAAAACAAACAAAAAGAAGUCUACCAAAAUAUAAAUUUGUUUUCCCUUCAAAAAAAUAAAGCAGAAAACAAGUUUUCCAUUAGCUAAAUUAUUAUUAAAAAAAGAAAAUAAUUUUUUAAAACAAUCCAUUGUAUAAUCUACAUCUACUUUUUUCUUUAGUAAACAAAAAGUAUUUUGUAAAAUGACCAUUAUUUUAUAGAAAAAAAAACAACAAAAGAAAUCUUAUAAUAUAACUCAAAUUUGUAUAUAA